CGAAAUCAUGGACAUGGAGCUGUCACCUCUUGGGUUUAUUUCUCAUUCUGAUUACAGGAAGUCGUCCUUUUUUUUCUGGAUCCUAGCCACGGUGGCCCAAAAUAUCAGUAGCGCCCAGGCGGUGCUAUCUACCUACGUGGGCAGAAGUAAAAGGCAGAGCAAAAAGUUCCAAAGCUGCAGCGAAAAAAUCUCGCUCCACAACGUCGUGUACGCAUCGCCUUGCUGAAGCUUCUCCCACCAUUCGGGAGGCAGCGGCAAAUCCAAGCCAGCAAAGCAGAGCAGAGCAUACCAGGAGCAGCCAUGCCCGCGCUCCUCCUCAACACCGCCGUCUCCCUCGGCAACCCCAAGCCGUCCUUCAGCUCCAGGCCUUCGUCCCGCCACCACCACCGAUGCCAGGCCGCGUCCACCAGCACCGGCGGGUCGUCGUCGUCGUCAUCAAGCUCUAGCGGCGGCGCGGGGCGCGGGUCGUCGUGGGCGACGGAGUACGACCUGUACUCGCUUCUGGGGGUGGAGCCGUCGUCGCCGCACUCGGAGAUCAAGGCCGCGUACCGGGCGCUCCAGAAGCGGUGCCACCCGGACGUGGCCGGCACGGCGGGCGGCUCCCACGACAUGGCGGUGGUGCUGAACGAGGUGUACGCGCUGCUGUCGGACCCGGCGCAGCGGCAGGCCUACGACCGGGAGCAGGCGAAGCGGUCCGAGUUCCAGGGGUACACGGGGCGCCCCCUCUACUCGUCGUGGCGCGGCGCGGAGGCCGAGAGCCGCGCCGUGUUCGUCGACGAGGUGGCCUGCGUGGGCUGCCUCAAGUGCGCGCUCCACGCCGGCCGCACCUUCGCCAUCGAGUCCGUCCACGGCCGCGCCCGCGUCGUCGCGCAGUGGGCUGACCCUGAGGACCGCAUCGCCGACGCCAUCCAGACGUGCCCCGUCGACUGCAUCUCGAUGGUUGAGAGGUCGGACCUGGCGGCGCUGGAGUUCCUCAUGUCCAAGCUGCCGCGGCGCAGAGUCCGGGUCUCGGAGGCCAACGCGGCGGGGUCGCCGGACAUCUUCGCCGAGGUCAGAAAGUUCAAGGCGAGGUUCCAGGAGAUGGAGCAGAGGUCCACCACGAGGCAAUCCGAGGAGUCAGAGGUAGCCCGGCAGUCGAGGACAUCGGCGGUCCAGACCAUCAUGUCCCUGUCCAACUGGUGGUACUGGCGGCCCUUCAGAGCUCCGGCCGGCGCCGCCGCCGCAGCCGUCCCUGCUCCUCUCCGCCUGUUGCCGCCACCACGGUCGCCCCCGCCUUCUUCAGCCGCCGCCGACGACCCCGUGACGGAGAGGCUCAAGGAGGCAGCCGCCCGGCGCAAAGCGGAAGGCACGACGGCGUCGGCGGUGCACGCCCGCCGCCGGGACGAGUACUGGACCCCGCAGCUGAACCUGCCGUCUUCGGCCUCGUUCCCGUCGCCGGAUGCACAGACCGCCGCGCCGUCGAAGAGCCGCCCGCGUAGACCAGCCAGCGGCGAGAGGGUGCCCACGAGGCGUGCAAGGAUCGACCUGACGGCGCCGCUGCUGAUGGGGAUCGUUGCCGCGGGGAUUGUCGGGUACAACAGGGAGGACAUGGCCGGAGGCUUGAUCGAGGACCACAUCGGUGGCGCGGCUGCUGUGGAAGUGGUCAACAGCUUCGAGCUCCAGGUCGUCCUGGCCGGCGUGACCUGGUUCGUCAUCGGGGCCGCCGUGGCCGGCUUUGUUCAGGUUCUUGUAAGAAGAAACGACUUCAGAGAAUGAAUGUGCGUGCAACACACAGAGGAUAGAGCAAACGUGUAAACUUAGUAACUACGCAUAGGAAGGUUUUGUCCACUGAAACAAACGGAGUGUAUAUACAGUAGUAAUGUUCAGAUCAUGUCA